CAAUCAAGGCUGGAGAGAGAGAGAAAGAGAGGGACACCGACACAAUCAAACCUGGAGAGAGAGAGGGAUGAAAAAUUGUCAAUCUUGCAACUUCUGAACUCAUCCCAACAGUUAAUUGUGGAUCAUUCUUUGAAGAGGGAGGAGAAAACGAACCGUCCAAGAAUAUCACUUUUUAAAGGUUUUUUUUUUUUUUUUUUCCCUGCGUUCCUUAUGUCUCUUUUUUAAAUAAUUUUUUAGCAGGGCUGUUUGCGCUGAAUUGCCUUUUAAAAUGUCUUAAAGCCAUAAAACAAAAAAACCCUGGCAGCGUUUGACCAGAAUAAAUUAAUUGCUUCAGGAACCGUACACAGACUGCUUUCCGCGAUCGCUUGCUUUUUUAAAACAAUAAUAACGUUUUUGGUACUGAGCUUCAGCUAAAAUAAUUCCCAAAGAUUUCCCUGGAUUUUCCUGUUUGAUUUUACUUGAGCCAUGGAAAGACAGUCGUUGACAAUAAUCCCCUUUUGCUGGUUUUGAUUCCUACUUAAUUGCCUGGAUUUAAAAAAAUAAAUAAAAUAGAAGACGAAAAAUGUGGUAAACCAAAAGCACUUGAUGUUUGGAUGCCAGAGGUUUCUUUUCCUUUUGAAUCUUAAAGGCCGCUGGGAAACAACCCUUCUUCCCCUCCCUUCCCUUUCCCACCUCUCCAGUCCCUUUUCUCUCUUGCCUCUUCUCCCCAAACAGCCUAUCCUAUCCUUUAAGAAAGCCAAGCUCCAGAAGAAAUCCCUUCCUGUCCUCUAAACCCAGCUUUAGAAGAAAUUCGCUAAAAUGGCAGCUGGUGUGGCAACGUGGCUGCCCUUUGCUCGGGCAGCGGCCGUGGGCUGGCUCCCGCUGGCCAAGAACUCCUUACCCAAGCCUCCAGGCGACAAGACAAGCCGCCACGACGAGAUCCUCAUCGUUAACGUGAGCGGGAGUCGUUUCCAGACUUGGAAAAACACUCUGGACCGCUACCCCGACACCCUCCUGGGCAGCUCAGAAAAAGAGUUCUUCUUCAACGAGGAGACCCAGGAGUACUUCUUCGACCGAGACCCAGAGAUGUUCCGGCACGUCCUGAACUUUUACCGCACGGGCAAGCUGCACUACCCCCGGCACGAAUGCAUCCAGGCCUUUGAGGAGGAGCUGGCCUUUUACGGGAUAAUCCCAGAGAUCAUCGGGGCCUGCUGCAUGGAGGAAUAUCGGGACCAGAAGAAGGAGAACCAGGAACGGUUGGAUGAGGACAAGGAGGCGGAAAUGGCGAAGGAAAUCCCUCUCCCGCCGGACAGCACUAUCAAGGAGCGGCUCUGGAGGGCCUUCGAGACCCCCCACACCAGCACCACGGCACUGGUUUUCUACUAUGUGACAGGCUUCUUCAUCGCCAUCUCGGUCAUGGCCAACGUGGUCGAGACCAUCCCCUGCAGGGCCCCCAAGGGGAUGGUGAAGGACCUGCCCUGCGGUGAGAAGUUCUCUCUGGCCUUCUUCUGCUUGGACACGGCCUGCGUGAUGAUCUUCACCUUCGAGUACCUGUUGAGGUUCUUCGCCGCUCCGAGCCGCGUCAAAUUCAUGCGCUCGGUGAUGAGCAUCAUUGACGUGGUCGCCAUCAUGCCCUACUACAUCGGCCUGGUCAUGCCUGAGAACGAGGACGUCAGCGGCGCCUUCGUCACGCUCAGAGUCUUCAGGGUCUUCCGGAUCUUCAAGUUCUCCCGGCAUUCCCAGGGCCUCCGGAUCCUGGGGUACACCCUGAAGAGCUGUGCCUCCGAGCUCGGCUUCCUGCUCUUCUCUCUCACCAUGGCCAUCAUCAUAUUCGCCACCGUCAUGUUCUACGCAGAGAAAGGAACCAAGGAGACCAAAUUCACCAGCAUCCCGGCAUCAUUCUGGUACACCAUCGUCACCAUGACCACGCUCGGGUAUGGAGACAUGGUGCCCAGCUCCAUCGCUGGCAAGAUCUUCGGGUCGAUCUGCUCUCUGAGUGGCGUGCUGGUCAUCGCCCUGCCUGUGCCCGUCAUCGUGUCGAACUUCAGCCGCAUCUACCAUCAGAACCAGCGAGCGGACAAGCGCCGGGCACAGCUGAAAACACGACUGUCGAGAAUUCGCCUGGCAAAGAGAGGGACCACCAACGCUUUCCUGCAGUACAAAGAGCACGGUGGGCUACAGGACCAGAGCAGUGGGAACCCGGCACUGUGUAUAAGGAACCGAUCCGCCUUUGAGCAUCAACAUAACCAUCUACUGCACUGCCUAGAGAAAACUACAAGCCACGAGUUCACGGAUGAACGCACGUACAACGAGUCGUGCAACAUUGAGUCCGUGGGCUACCAGACCAGCCGCAGCACCUCUGUCUCCAGCCGCCAGGGCCAGUCCGCCUCCUGCUGCUCCCGCUGGGCCAAGAGGAGAGCCAUCCGGCUGCCCAACUCCACGGUGUCAGUGAGCCGGGCUAGCGUGCAAGAGCUGGACACGCUGCAGGGGCAGAAGAGCAUCCCACAGAGCCGCUCGAGAUUGAAUGCCAGGACUCAGGACUUGAAGCUGAACUGUGGUGGUGAUACGGACUUCACUGCAGCAAUCAUUAGCAUACCCACCCCGCCAGCCAACACCCCCGACGACAGCCUGCCCCCCUCGUCCGCCAUCUCUGGCAUCCUGCGCAACCCGGGGGGCGCGAGCAGCCAAAACACACAGGAGGCAGUUAAAAUCUCCUCCCUGUAGCCUCUGUCAGACACUCCCAGCUGAGACAGAGCAGGACUGGAGACAUAACAAAACAAAACACAAAGACCCACUUCAGGGGAGGAGAGUACGAAAGAGACACCGUCCGAGGACCGAGGAGAGGAAAUAUACCUACCAGGACAAAAACAAAUAAAAACAAGAACUACACAGAAUUUAAUGGAGGAUUGAUUGAAGGAAUCAGAGUAUAUAUAUAUAUAUAUAUAUAUAUAUAUAUAUAUAUAUAAAUUGAUACGUUUUUACUGGUACCUGCUAUAGGGGGGUAUCAGUUCGUGGACGGACUGCUGUCUAACAGAUAUCAGAAGCUUAAACUAAAACAGCAUUAACCUAGAGGGAGAGAGAGAGAGAGAGAAAGGGAAGGGAAUAUUGGUAGAGUUGGAUACAAAAAAAAGUCUUUUAGUGGCGCCAGCUAAGGAACCAAACAAAGUCUGAAAUUUCUGUAUGAAAGUGUGUGUGUGUGUGUGUGUGUGUGUGUGUAUAUA